UACUCUCUGAGAAAGCUUAGUGAAAACAGCAACAAGUGUUCGAAAUGUCGAUCAUUCCGUUCUUCUACGACAUGGAGAGACCUUUCCAUUCGAUGGGCAGAGAUUUCUUCCGUCCAUCGUACGAUAUGGUUCCUCGUCAAUUCUUCAAUCACCCAUUUGUGAGACCUUUUGGAAAUGUAUUACAAGAAUGGGAGAAUGUGAUGCGACCUAUGGAACAUUUGUCUGAAGCUGUCAAUCGUCUGGCGCUUAAUGAAAUCGAUACAAAAAUCAGUUCGGACGAUGAGAAAUUCCAGGUGAACGUGGACGUGCAACAUUUCUCUCCGGACGAGAUCAACGUGAAGGUUGUCGACGGCAACGUCAUAGUGGAAGGUAAACACGAAGAGAAGCGAGAUCAACAUGGCUACGUUUCCAGACAGUUCGUGAGGCGUUACGCACUCCCCAAAGGAUGUCUGCCGGAUACAGUACAAUCUUCAUUAUCCUCAGAUGGUGUGUUGACCGUCACAGCGCCUAAAGUUCUUCCUAUGCCAUCAAUCGGUGAACGGAUUGUACCAAUAACUCCCACUGGUCCCGUCAAGAAGCAACUCAGCUCGCCGGAAAUCAAAUCCAUCAACAGCGAGGAGCCUAAGGAAUCUUUGAAUUAGACGAAUGCUGAGUAAAAUUAUAUUCAUCAGCUCACUAUGCGUCCCCACUAAGAGGCUCGGUGCCUACCCUAAAAUGAUUUUGUGUAUUACCAAUUAUUAUUUGAUCUGUAAUAUUUUUAUUGUAAGACUGAUUUAUGGAAACCCAAAGGUGAUACCUUGCUCUUGUUGUAUUAUGGUACAUUAUUUAAGUUUGUAAAUAAAUUUAUUUCAUGAGUUGUA